AUGUUGCGACUUGCGGCCCUCGUUUCGCUCUCUUUGACGCUUGUCAGCCCUUCGUUUGCGGCUCUAUACAAUAGCCUGGCAGAAUUGCCUACUAAUAAGACUUAUGACUUCGUCGUUGUUGGCGGCGGCACUGGUGGGAGCGUCGUAGCGACUCGAUUGACGGAGAACUCCAACACGAGCGUGCUUGUGCUCGAAGCCGGACCCUCCAAUCGUGGUAUCUUGAAUGCCACCGUUCCGUUCUAUGGUUUCUACAUUACCACGGGAACCGAAAUUGACUGGAAUUACACCACCACUGCACAACCUGGAUUUGGCGGAAGAUCAGUUAUUUCCCGUGCCGGGCAUGUCCUUGGUGGCUCCAGUUCAGUCAACGGUAUGAUCUGGGUGCGCGGAUCCGUCGCCGACUGGAAUCACCUCGCCAACGUCUCCGGCGACCCUGGCUGGGGAUGGGAUAAUAUCUACACGUAUUACAAGAAGCUCGAGCAGUACACUCCCCCUAGUACCGGGAAAGAUGUAUCCGGGGAGUAUGACCCUUCGGUGCACGGUACCAGCGGCCCACUCGGUAUCAGUAUGCCUGGCGUCACUGAAGACACAGAUGCCCGCGUUAUUAACACCACCAAGGAGUUCCCUGAUGAAUUUCCCUUCGUGUUGGACUAUAACAAUCCCGACACGCCCAUUGGCAUGGGCUGGGUCCAGAACACCAUCAGGGAUGGCACGCGUGCCAGCGCUGCCUAUGCGUACCUCACGGAUUCCGUCCUCGCUCGCUCAAACUUGGAUGUCGUGGUAAACACGCGGGUCACGAAGCUCACCGGUUCGACCAACGGCACGAUUGACACCGCACAGGUCACCAACGCCGAUGGUUCCGUUACUUCUCUCAAAGCCUCCAAGGAGAUCAUUCUGUCCGCCGGCACGAUCAGUGACACUCGCAUCCUGCUCAACAGCGGCAUCGGACCCGCGUCUCAGAUCCAGAAUCUCAAGGGAGUUGAGCUUGUCAAGGAUAUUCCAGACGUCGGUCAGAACCUCGCCGAUCACAUGAUCAUGCCCAUCAUCUGGCGGGUCAACUCGACCAACACGAUAGAUUACUAUGCGCAGCACCCCGAGGCGGCGCAAGCGGCGUUGGAGCAGUGGCAGACGAACAAGACGGGCCGCUUUGCGAGCGGAGAACCCUUCCAGGCUGGUUUCUUCCGCCUGAAUGAGUCCGACCCCGAGGUGCAGUCAAUGAUUCAGAAGUACGGCGAUCCCGCUACUGGCCCGGACUCUCCUCACAUUGAGAUGGUCGCCCUCAAUGGUAACCCGUCUGGAGUCUCCGCUGCUGGCGGAUACUACUUCGCUCUUGCCUGUGUCAAUCUGGUGCCGUACUCCAGGGGUAAUGUCACCCUCAACCCCAGCGAUCCCCUCGGCCAGCCUCUCGUGAACCCGAACUACUACGACCACCCGAUGGACAUCUUUAUUGUUUCGCAGUGCAUGCGUAUGGCAAUCAAGUUCGCGUCCGGCUCCGCGUUCAAGGGUUACCUCGAAGACAACUAUGUCGGACUGGAGGGUGUCAUUGACAGCAACGGUAACAUCAACGAGGACGCGCUGUACGCGAACGCGCGCAACAUCACCGUCGCUGGGGACCACCAGAUCGCCACGAACAUCAUCAGCCCCAAGGGCGCGAGCACCGGUGUCGUCGACCCCGACUUGAAGGUGAAGGGCAUUAACGGGCUGCGCAUCGUCGACUUGUCCAUCUUCCCUCACACUCCUGCGAGCCACACCGAGUCGAUAGUGUACGCCAUCUCCGAGCGGGCAUCCGACCUCAUCAAGCAGGAAUAUGCUUGAUCCUAUUUAUCUAUCUAUCAACAAACAAGGCGUCUGUCAUUAAGUACUUUCGG